AUGUCUGCCAACACCACCACUGAUAUCCAAGAGAGCAGGGACCCGUUUGCAAACAAAUGGCCCGGAGCUCGCAAGAAUAUGGGCCGUCGCCCACCUCAUCCCUCGAAUCCCAACCAAAGCUCUAGUCGCAAGCAAACCAAAGCACCCGCCUCUGGUAGCAGCAAUCCUAAGAAAUCAUCCUCCCAUGGCGCCCUCGACUUCAUCGAUACCCUCGAUACGAUUGGCGGCUUCCAUCACGAUGGUCCUUUCGACGCCGCCUCAUCCCAUCGUAACCGACACAUGAACUCCAAAAAUCCUUCCCGGCAAGCCCCGAUGGCUGCCUUCGAUCCUUCAGCACUCAUCUUACCACCACCUCCACCGCCCGCCUCGGCCCCCGCACCAGCCCCAGUGGCUUCACAGGAUCAUGUCUACCCACCCGCCAUGCCCCGGCGAGCCUCAGACAACGCGAUGCCAGUGAGCAUGGGAUACCCCGCUGGGACGAUUGCCGCGGACCCGAAGGCUGCCCGGCUGGCCGAGGCGUUUGGGAUCCAAGGCAAGGAAGCCUGGGAAGACUUCGGCAUGGAGCAUGCCGUCGAGCAAGAGAGUACAGGCGGGGGCGGUCUGCUCGGGCACCGGCGCGGGACAAGUCGAGAGCAGCGUGAUGCGAAAUCGGCAAGUGUUUGGGACAUGGAGGAAACGCUGAAGUCGGGCAAACCAGUUCCAUCAGCUUACACUCCCAGGUCGGAGGCUUCGACACGAACGCCCAACGGGGAACUAGAACGUCAAGCGACCAAUGCAGCCCAGCUGAAGCGCUCAAAGUCAUUGAUGCAACGGAUCAAGAAGGGCGUCAAGUCGCCCAACCUGCCUAUGGAAAUGCCCCCCUCGCCGAUCUCGGCCGAUCCCAACGAAUACGAGGAGCUCCGCUCCGAUCCCCCCGGCACCUCUCAGCUGCCCUCCUCCUCACCUAUCGGAAGGAAAGCUAGCAUUCUACACAAGUUCGGCCUCGUCAAACGCUCCAACACUCGCUUCUGA